AUGAAAGGGAAGCAGCGAAAUACGCCAUUCAGAAGGGAGAGCCCUCCAAGUAAAAAUGCCUGCUAUGACAACUUUAUGACACAGAAAGAAAAAGACUUUGUGGCCUCUCUAUUUGAAAGAACUAUUAGAAAGAAAGAAAGAGUUUGCCCAGACUUCUACACACAGGAGAGAGUGCCAAGGCCUGAUUGGCGGAAAAAGGAAAGUUCCGAGGAAGAGUCGCUCUUUGAAGGCGUGCUGGGGAUGGCCAUUCGAAAGUCAACCAAAAAAUCCGUAACAGCCAAGGAUAAAAAUGAAAGCAGCAGAAUAUUGAUUAAAAAGCUGAUAUCAAGAGGCAAAAUAGAGGAGAUAUAUGAUAUGUUGAACUUUUCUGAAAUAUUCAUAGACGCGCCAGAAAAAGAAGAGGGCGCUUCACACGACUCAGCAGACCCAAAUAGCACAAAUGUGAAGGCGAUUGCAGAAAAGCUUAAGGAAAUAGGCGAGGAUCUUUUUAACAUGGAGAAGGGCAUGGAACUAAUUAACAGGCUCCUCUUUACAGGUACAGGGGAGAAAAAGGCGUACUUUUCUACAAUUCUCUCGAUAAUUGUUGAUAGGAUUAAGUAUAUCUACUAUACGCCCGAGCUAGGAGACUAUAUCAGCAAGCUUGUUCCUGUGAUAAAAGAACCACUUUCUUCUCUUGAGCUGACUCCGCAUGCGCUAGCAGGCCUUUUCCUCACAAACACAGUAGGAAUCCUUAUGGGGCACAUGCUUUUGGCGUCAUUCAGGAAGGAUCAUCCAGAGUUGUUCAACAGCGUGUGCAAAGUACUUCCAGAGGCGCUGAACGCAGGGUGCAUCUCUCGAAUAUUCCUAAAAGUGCCACAUCCAUUGGUGUGGAGGUUCCUUGCAGUCUCUUCUAGAAAGAUGCCUACGUCUGAGCUACUCUCUCUUAGGAAAAGACUAGACGCAUAUAUAACAGCGGAUCUAAACAAAAGAUCACCUGCCAUGAUUGAGAACAUAAGAACAUUUCUUAAACGGUGUGCGUAA